AUGCAAACAAACAAAUAAAUAUGGAAUCUGGUUGCUAAUAAAUUGUAGUCUAAUUUAUAUCUAAAUUUAUAACUAUAAGGACUAUAUCUAAUUUUGAAUACUUAAGAAUAAAAACUUAAAGUUGUGAAUUUAAAAAUUUUCCAAUCAUAUUUUUUAUAUGUUCAUGAAUUUUUUAAAUAUUUGAAUUUGUAUAUUAAAAUGGAAGAGAGAAGAAAUUUCAAACUUGUAAAUGAGCAAAAGAUUUAACAGUAAGACAUUUAAUCACUUCUUAAAUUUAUAAGAAAAAGUAUAUUUAUGGAUAAGAAGAUUCCAAAAAUAAAUAAGUAUUUUUAUUUGGGUGCAUUCUUACAAUAAAUAGAUAGAUUAUAAUUAUAGAAGAUAUUUGAAUAUUUUUGGGCUGUUGCAGAUUUUAUCUUAUUUUAAAACAAAUUGAAUUAUCUUAGUCAAAAUGAUAAAUUGCCAAAAGGAAUAGUUGGGCGUGUUAAUGAAUUGAAUGAUGAGAUUGUGGCUUGUUAGUUAAAUGUUGAAGUAUCUACUUACAAGAGGUAAUAAAAUAUAAUUUGUUAAGAAUGUUCUAAUUAUUUUAUGACAGUCAGUCAUUUAAUUUAAUAUAUGAUGAUAUAAAGGCUACUUGA